GUUUGUCGUGGCGUUGUGAUAUUUUGUUCUUUAUAAUUUUAAAGAACUGUGUUAUUUAUCCCAGUUUUUGUGUGUGUUUUAUUUUGCCUGACUUUUUAUACAUUUUGCUUACAGUAAAUACAGAAUGUCGUAGUUCAGUGGCAUUUAACUUACGGAAACUCGGUGUGCGUCAUAACAAUAUUGGGCCGGAUCUUGGGACAAAAUGUUAUUAAAUAUGCAUUAUCCAAUCGUAAAAUACUUUGUCCGGCAUUGUACGCCAGUUUACUGAGUAGAAAAGACUUUUGAGAGGAAAUAAUAUAUGUGAUAUUAGUGAAAUAUGGCAGAGCAAUGUCCAGUAGUCCAGUUCUCAAGGGAGUCCUCUUUGGCUCGUAUAGACAACAUAAAAUCCAACGAUGCGGGAGGCAGACUAUCAGAAAACAAUCACCAUUUUGGACCAUUUUACAUGCUAUGUAUAGUUCUAUCGAUAUUAACUUAUGUUACAGACUUAUUAUUGACAAUUAGCUUACUGUAUUUCUACUCAACACAAGGCUAUGGCCUUUAUUUUGCACUAACGUUAACAUUCCUGUUAUUGCCUGCAGUAUGUAUGAGCACAAUAAGCUUAAGAUGGUAUAUUAUCGAUCACGAUGAUCAUUCCGUGGGUAGGGCAUCUAUAGGACAGUGGAUUAUUAGGAUUAUAUUUUUAUUAUUACAAAUAUCGCCUUUGCUGCGGUACAUAGACACCUUAAUCUACGGGAUUAGAAGUAAGAUAGCUGCUUCAACUGAAAGUGAUAGUAAACAGCUGAUUUUAUACAGACGAAUGUUGGACGAGGAUACGAACAGUUCCUUACUAAGACUGUUCCAUUGUUUUCUCCAGUGUUCACCUCAGGCUAUCUUGCAACUGGUGUUCUUGUUAAGCUUUAUGAUGUAUCCAGAUAAACAGGUCCUAACCAUAGAUAUAGCUGUAAUCCAAGCUUGGUCAGUGUCCACUUCGGUCAUUUCUAUUGCUUGGUCUUUGACAUCGUACCACAGAUCAGUGCGGCACGCCAGGGAUGAUAAAGACAACAUUAAAUGGAUUGGUUUGUUGGUGGCUUUCUGUUGGCAACUCAUGAGUGCAUUAUCAAGAGUUUUGGCCCUCAGCCUGCUAGGCGCCAUCCUGCCCACCUGGAUGGGAGUCAUCUGCGGCAUUCACUGGGGCGUUAUGUCCAUCUGGCUGGCCAUUGGUCAGCACCAAACCGCAGCCUGCAGCAGUCGCUGCGAAGAACUGCUACUAUCAGUGGCUCUGGGUUUAGCUUAUGUUCUAGCUUUUAUAGCACCCAGAGAUGGUCCCACAAGAUACGUCUACUUGGCAUAUUAUUUGAUAUGUUUUAUGGAGAAUACCGGGGCAUUGGUCGUAUGGUGCGUUACCAAUAGUUCCUCCAACCAUCCGUUCCUCUACUAUGGUGCUGCCGGCAGUCAAGUAUUAGCCUUUAUUUUAGCAAUAGUAUUUCUCGUUAUCUAUUACAAAUGUUGCCAUCCUUCUCUGACAAAUAGAACGAAAACUUCAGGGGAACGUUGCGAAUACAUAGAGAAUGAUAAGCCUUGUUACAGUAGGACUUCUUACAAUUUCCGAACUAGUUCCUGAUCUAUAGUUUUCGUCUAAUUUCUGAAUUUGACUUACGACAGAAAGGUUCACGUGUCUGUGAUAUAUUGACAGUAAUUUAGAUAAAAUAAUUCUUAAAUACAGUAGUAUGGAAUGGAGUGAAAAUGACGUAGAAAUUACAUUGCAGUUCUAGCUUCACUAUACUAUGUAUAUACAGGGUGGCGCCUCUCAUACGACCCGGAGGCUCCAAGG